AUGGCGCGAGGCUACAAGACGAGUGUGUGGGUCCCAGAAAACCUUGUCCAGCGCCUGCAACUAAAGUUUCGCGGCUGCAUGGCGUCAUCACCCAUCGGUGUCAACGCCGCAAAUGGGAGACGUUUCUUUUACAACAUAUCACAACUUGACUGCCAGCAGGAGAGGCUGCGAGCAAUGGUCAAUGAUCUCACACUGCCAGCACAAGCGGUAGAUUGCGGUACGCCAUCGCCCGCAAUGACAUCUAACGUGUUGCCGUUAAAUACUAACGGCGAACCGUUCCCACCAGAGUUUGCGGGGGAGGUGUUUGCACGCUUCGCCCACCGGAAAGAGUUAAUACACAGCCAUUACUGGGCUACAGUCGACGAAGCAGAGAUCAUCUUCGCCAGCCCUUUUAACACAUCUUUUCUCACAGAACAGAACGCCGUGACUCUUAACGGUGCAUCCCCCUGUCCCCGCGUGACUUACUUUAACGUGAGUGGAACACGCCGACCUGAAGUUUUCAACACAUCCACGUGUUGCCGCUACUGCCCAGUAAAUUGUUGCGGUAUACCUUACUCCCCGGUAGUCGCAGUUCACAUGAAGGCGUCCGCCAUCCGCCACGGCUGUAUGAAGAGCGCGGUGUGGAUGACGACGCGGCGCGUGGCUUGUUGCGGUGGCCGCAUCGUCAGCGGUGCUAAGCCACUCACCCUUUGCUUCGAUGAUGUUUACCACCUGGUGAACAUCGCCAUGACAGAUGAUCCGGCACGUUUAAUCGAGCUGUCCCUGUCGCGUGUGCCGUCUGGCCAUGCCGACGACGGCCCACUGACGGUGCCGUGA